AUGAGGGCGAAUGGAUGCCGGCGUGUGUCUGUUGCUGAGUGCACAGAAGACGCCAUUGUCGGGUAUGUCGUGCCUUUUGUCACGCAGAAUAUUGGGAAUGGGGACUGGAGGUAUCGUGAGGCUGCUGUGAUGACAUUCGGGUACAUUCUUGAAGGACCGUCAAAUGAGAAGUUGAAGCCUAUGAUGGAUGAAGCGUUGCCUGUGCUAAUGAAUUUGAUGUCAGAUUCAAGUAUCCAAGUGCAAGAUACGACGGCUUGGACCCUGGUUAGAAUAUGUGAAUACUUGGACAUCACGUCAAAUUCUGAAGUUCUCACUGUGCUUCUUAACGCCUUCUGUGUUCCACUCAGUGAUGAACCAUCUGUCGCCGCCAACGUUUGUUGGGCCUUGAAAAGCUCGAGCUUUGCCGCGUACAUGACCGUCCAAACCAGUGACAAAGAGAGCAUUGAGCCGGAUGCAUAUCCCUUUUUGCUGUUUUUCCACAUGUUGAUGCAGAAACUGUUGUGGACAACCAAACGAGCCAAUGGCGCACAGGCUGAUUUUUGGUACAAAGAUGUUUGGGCGUUUGCGUAUUGA